AUGGUAAACACAAGGAAGGACUAUAUUAGCAUCACUAUUUUGUUCAUUGUCAAUCUGCUCAACUUUGUAGAUCGCUAUACCGUUGCAGGAGUGCUAACUCAAGUGCAGGAGUAUUAUGACAUCGAUAACUCAAUGGCAGGACUUAUUCAAACUGUUUUCAUAGCAUUUUUCAUGAUAGGAUCACCUCUAUGCGGAUUCAAUCGCAAAAUCAUUAUUAUUGCUGGAGUAGCUACAUGGCUUGCAGCAGUGGUCGCUUCCAGCUUUGUACCAGCAAAUAAUAAGAACUGGGAUAACAAUAAACAAAAUCGUGCAUUAUUAACGUCUUCUAAUCGUUUGCAGCUUUUCUGGCUUUUUCUUCUGCUUCGCGGUGUCGUCGGCAUUGGUGAAGCUUCUUACUCAAAUGUCUGCCCAUCAAUGAUUUCUGAUAUGUUUACUGGUACACGUAGAAGUCGAAUGUAUAUGGUGUUCUACUUUGCGGUCCCGGUGGGAAGCGGUCUCGGUUUCAUAGUUGGAUCAAAUGCUGCCAGCAUUCUAGGCUCUUGGCAAUGGGGUAUUCGAAUAACUGCUGUGCCAGGAAUCGUCGCUUUGAUACUAUUGGUUUUGUUCGUACAUGAUCCUGAAAGAGGAGCUGCUGAUAAAAUUGAAGGAGCACAUCUGCCUGGAACAGGAAGUUCAUAUUGGCAGGACCUCAAAGCACUUAUUCGAAUUCCUACGUUCGUUUCUUGCACCUGGGCCUAUACUGCUCUGAUUUUCGUCACCGGUACUCUGGUUUGGUGGGAGCCAACUAUUAUCGAGCAUGGAAUUGCAUGGAACAAAGGAGAGAAUGACACAGCUUCACAACCAGAUAGCUCGGACCACAUCGGACUGGUCUUUGGAGGAAUCACGACCUUAUCAGGACUUCUGGGUGUGACAGCUGGGACAGUGAUGGCAGGGAUGAUGCGAAAAGGCCGUGGCAUCUUUCGACCAAUAAAAACAGAGCGAGCUCAACCAAUCGUAUCUGGACUUGGAGCGCUGAUCAGUGCUCCUCUGCUAGCCGUGAUAUUCAUAUGGGGCCACCAUAGCAUCACAAUGCUUUGGAGCGUUAUAGUACCAUCUCGGAGAAGUACGGCAUUUUCUUACUUUAUGCUUAUAUCACAUCUUUUCGGGGACGCUACGGGACCAUACAUCGUUGGAGCGGUAUCUGAUGCAAUUCGAGGUGAAGUGAAAACCCCAAAAAAUCACUACUUGUCAUUAGUGAAGGCAUGCUCGGUGACUGUAGUGCUCCUUUUCAUAUCGGCUGCACUCUACUUCGUGUCAGCUGCCACGCUUCUAAGAGAUCAAAAGAAGUUCAAGGAUCAAAUGGGUAAGUAUAUUUGCGGUUAUGAAUAUCGGUGUCCUUGA